AUAUAUAUAUAUAUACAAAUAUCUAGAUAUGUAGAUAUAGAUACAUACAUAGAUAGAAUCACAGGUUACUAAGAUGGCGACCAUGCAGCAGCCUGAGAUAAUCAAGAAAGAAACCAUCAAACCUUCCUCCCCAACUCCUACUCACCUCAAGACUCACAACCUCUCAUUGUUGGAUCAGCUCUCUCCACAUAUCUAUCUCCCUAUGCUUCUCUUCUACCCUAAUGAAGCCUAUGAUAGCCCAUGCAAUAUCAAUGAAAAGUCUUGUAAGCUCAAGACCUCCCUCUCUCAAACCCUAACCAGAUACUACCCUUUUGCCGGAAGGCUUGCAAAUGGAGCCUCCAUUGAAUGUAAUGACGAAGGGGUCGAUUUCUAUGAAGCCCAAAUCGAAUGCAAGCUCUCCGAUAUCCUCAAAAAGCCUGAGCCUGAGACGCUAGAUCUUUUUUAUCCCCAAGGUAUACUAUACAACGAGUCAUACAAGGCUAGUCUAGUGGUACUUCAACUCACCUUUUUCGCGUGUGGAGGUAUGGCGAUCUCCACGUGCUUUCUGCACAAGAUCGCCGAUGGGGCCACCGUGAGCUCCUUCAUCAGUGACUGGGCGGCCCUCACCCGUCAAUCGGGUGAAAAGGCGUUUCCGGAGUUCAUUUCAGCAAUCAUCUCCCCGCCCAAUGACCCACCGUUAUUGCCAGACACUAAACUAGAGUUAGGAAAUUGUGUCACCAGGAGGUACGUGUUCAGUGCCUCGAAGAUCGCUGAGCUCAAGGCAACGGUGGUCAAUUCAGGAGUGCCAAAGCCCACUCGGGUUGAGGUCGUGUCCAAUCUAAUCUUCAAACGAGCCAUGGCUGCACGUAGGGCGACCUCGGGUUCGUCAAGGCUGUCGAUUUUACUCCAGCCGGUGAAUUUGCGGCCUAGGCUCUCCCCGCCUCUACCAGAAAAUUCAGCCGGAAACUUCUCUUGGUUUUUUUCGAUAAUGGCUAAAGACGAGAACGAGAAAGACUUGGGUGCACUGGUGGAUGCAAUGAAGAAAGGAAUGGCACAGUUUAUCGAUAAGUAUGCAAAAACUAUCACACCAAACCAGUGUUACUCUUUAAUAUGUGAUGUCCUCAAAGAUGUCAGCAAGGUGCUGAACAGGAGUGAGAGUAUGGAUGUGUUCAAGUGUAGCAGCUUGUGCAGGUACCCAUUUGGGCAAAUGAAUUUUGGGUGGGGAGAGCCUAUAUGGGUUGGUUUUUCUAAAAGCAAGGCCAAGAACACUUUUCAUUUGGCAGAUGCAAAAGAGGGUGGUGUUGAAGCUUGGAUUACUUUGGAAGAACAGGACAUGGCAGCUUUCGAAUGUGAUGAAGAACUCCUUGCUUUUGCUUCUUUGAAUCCGAGUGCCUUAAGCACCUAUUAAUUGUGAACUUGUUGCCUAGUGAUCUGUUGUAUAUGGAUUUUCUUAUGUGUCCAAAUAAUUAAAUAUAAACUCGCAUAAGGUUGUUGUUUUUCUUU